AUGACCAAGUACAUGGUUGCAGUUGACGGCAGCGAGCACUCGAACAAGGCCUACGCCAUCGCGGCCAAGUUGCUCACCAACAAGGACGAGGUGAUCUUCGUGACCGUUGGGCAGAAGGGCAAGGGCGCUGCUGCGCAGGAUCUGCUCGAGACAUGGACGAAGAAGGCCGAGGCUGAUGGCUUCACUGCCAAGCCGCUCUUCCUCGAAUCGGCCGAUCCUCGUGACGCCAUUUGCAACGCCGUCACGGAGCACGGCAUCGACAUUCUCGUUGUGGGCACCAGGGGUCUGGGUACCAUUAAGAGGAUGCUGCUGGGCUCGGUGAGCAACUACUGCGUGCAGCACGCCUCGUGCGACGUGAUCGUGGCCAAGUAA